CUUACACCUCAGAACCACCACAGGCAUGCAGGCGGCUCCACAGCCCCCUCGGCUGUGAUCGACUAGCAACCUGUCCAUAGUGCAGCCUGUCUCCAGACGAAUCUCAGUCAGGAAGUCCUGGACAGACAUCAAUGAGGAUCCAAAGAGGAGGGGGGGAAGACUGAAAAAGAGAGAGAGAAGAGGAUGGAGGAGGAAGAAGACACUGAAAACAGAGCCAAGAAAGUGGGAAAAAACAGAAAGUGACCAAGUAAAAGAAAAAAAAGGACAUGAAAGCGGGAGGGAGAGACAGAUAGACGGACACAGAGAUGAAGAGAGGAGCCUGCAGACACACCGACAAGCAGCGACGCAGAGGCUGACACAAAAUUUGGGUUUGCGGAGUCAAAGCUCCGAGACACCAAGUCAGUCCCUCGGCGAUGCUCACCCGGCUCCACGCUCGAGAUUGAUCACCAAUUACCAGGACUGAUCGUCUGGCAGCUUAACCGGUAGUGCAGAGGAGAAACCAGACCAUUGCCCCCCGCGCCUGAGCUCCAGCUCUCCCAGGAAGAACACACAAAAAUGUCAGAACGGAGGGGUCAGAAGAAGUCAAUCUUUCUGUCCUCAUUAUUAGUGUGUUGUGUGUUUGCUAGUGCAGAACAUAACAUCUGUGGAGAGAAUGAGUUCUUCAACCAGACCAGUAACAGCUGCCAGGCCUGCCCUCAGUGCCAGCCAGGACAAGAGCCAUCUAUGACCUGUAGUUAUGGUGUGAAGGAUGAGGACUUUACCUGCGUGCCAUGCCCGCAAGGAAAAUACUCCAAAGGGAAGUAUGAGAUCUGCAGACGUCACAAAGACUGCCAUGCCCUUUACAAGGCCACCGUUCGCGUACCAGGAACCCCAGAAAGCGACGCAGAGUGUGGACCCUGUUUACCUGGGUAUUACAUGUUGGAAAACAGACCAAGAAACCCCUAUGGGAUGAUUUGCCAUUCCUGCCACAAUGCACCACGCAAUACCAAAGAAUGCAUGCAAACCAACAAGCCCAAAGAAAAAACAAUAUUUAACAGUGGUAGCACAACUGUGUUCCCCUCUCUAAUUAAAGAUUCCCCUGGACAGGGUCACCUCGCAACAGCUCUCAUCAUCGCCAUGUCAACCAUUUUCAUCAUGGCUAUCGCCAUUGUUCUCAUCAUCAUGUUUUACAUCCUGAAGGCCAAACCGAACGGCCAGGCAUGCUGCUCUGGACAAGUUGUGAAAGCGGUGGAGGCUCAGACCAACAAACAGGAAGACAAGAAAGACGUCCCUGACAACGUGGUGAUAUACUCGGAGAAAGACGAGUUCGACAAACUGAAAGCUCCUCCUCAGAAGACGGUGAAAAGUGAAAAUGAUGCAUCUUCAGAGAAUGAGCAGCUGUUGAGCCGCAGCAUUGACAGCGACGAGGAAGCAGCAACAGAAAAGCAGGGAUCAGCAGAGACCACCAACCGCAACCCCAACUUGUGCCUGGUCAACCUAGGCAACAAACCCGACCUCUGCCUGCUCUCUCUGGGGCUUUUGGAUCGUGGCCGCGUCUGCAACGGCACCCCGGGCAUUGCAGCCAGCCAGGCCAACAUCCCAAGUUCCAACCACAUGAACAAUGUCAAUCACAUCGCCAGCAGCAACCACAUCAGUGGUGUGAAUGCAAUCAACAACAAUAAUAAAACUCCAGGGAUGCUACAGAGUCGAAGGAAAAAGAUUCUAGAUCUGUAUGCCAAAGCCUGCAAUGUGACUGAGGGCCUCAGCCCCACAGAGCUUCCCUUCGACUGUCUGGAGAAGGCCAGCCGCAUGCUGAGUUCCUCCUACAGCAGCGAUGCCGCCGUGGUGAAGACGUGGAGGCACCUGGCAGAAAGUUUUGGGCUGAAACGCGAUGAGAUCGGCGGCAUGAGCGACGGCCUGCAGCUCUUUGAGAGGGUGAGCACGGCGGGCUACAGCAUCCCUGACCUCCUGACCCGCCUGGUGCAGAUCGAAAGGCUGGAUGCCGUGGAGUCGCUCUGUGCAGAUGUGCUGGGCAGUAGCGAGGUGGCAGCAGUGGCUGGACGGCAGGGCAUCAGCAGUUUUCACAGCCAGUUAGUGUGUCCUUCCCCGUGCCCAUCUCCAUCCCAGCGCUGUGCCAGUGUUUAAAUAAGAAGUGAAGCAGAGGCUUCAGAGACUUAGAGACUUGGAUGCCUUACAGUACACAUGUAUGUACGGACAUUUACUGCUCUGACAAAGAGGAAAGCACAUUUAAAUACACACAUUAUCACAUUACAUGAAGAAUGUCGAUGGACUUUCCUGUCCACAAUCUUUUUUUUUUUUAUAUAUAGAAGCUAUUAGUUUGAAAUACACUUUCUACCUUUCUAAGUGUCACAGAGAGAGGGAAAAAUAUAAAGCAUAUAU